UGGUUCCCCUUGCUAAGGCCCAUAGCACAACCAUAAGCAAGCCCGAAACUUCACUCUUCACUUCACUGAAAACAGUGGUUCCAACAAGGCAGAUAGCCGUUAUCCAUGACAUCCUCGGCCACGUCCUCACCGGCCACCUUCCUCGCAUUACCCUCUUCUCCCCUCUACAAUGGCCGAAGCUUCACGCGCCGCCUUUCGCCCGCCUUUUCACCCGCCGGAACUCGUCGCCUCUGCCGCAGAAGCUCCGCCAUUGUCGCCGGUACCACACAGAAGAACGCUUUAGAGUACAGGAAACUCGGCGAUUCCGACCUCGUUAUUAGCGAAAUCACUCUCGGAACGAUGACAUUUGGAGAACAGAACACAGAGAAAGAAUCUCAUGAGAUUCUUAGCUAUGCGUUUGAGCAUGGAAUUAAUGCUCUUGACACUGCUGAAGCCUAUCCAAUUCCGAUGAAGAAGGAGACACAAGGAAGAACUGAUCUUUAUAUUAGUAGCUGGCUUAACUCUCAGCCCCGUGAUAAGAUAAUUGUAGCAACAAAAGUGUGUGGUUAUUCAGAGAGGAUGAGCUACAUUCGUGAGAAUGCGAAGGUAUUGCGGGUCGAUUCUGCAAACAUCAAGGAAAGCGUGGAGAAGAGCCUUAAGCGUCUCAACACAGAUUAUAUUGAUUUAUUGCAAAUUCAUUGGCCAGAUAGAUACGUGGCAUUGUUCGGUGAGUUCUUCUAUAAUCCUACAAAAUGGAGGCCGAGUGUGCCAUUUGUGGAGCAACUGAGAGCUUUUCAAGAACUUAUUGACGAAGGAAAGGUGCGUUACAUUGGAGUGUCAAAUGAGACUUCCUAUGGAGUGAUGGAGUUUGUACGUGCAGCUAAAGUUGAGGGACUACCAAAGAUCGUUAGCAUCCAGAAUAGUUACAGUCUGCUUGUUAGAUGCGCUUUUGAAGUGGAUCUUGUUGAAGUAUGCCACCCAAAGAACUGCAAUGUCGGCUUGCUAGCUUAUUCUCCACUAGCUGGUGGUGCACUGACAGGGAAGUAUCUAGAUAGCGAUUCCGAAGCUGCACGAAAAGGAAGGUUGAACCUCUUUCCUGGCUACAUGGAAAGAUAUAAUAAAUCUGUUGCAAAGGAAGCAACAAUAAAGUACAUCGAAUUAGCGAAGAAGCAUGGCGUAAGUCCAGUUCAGCUUGCUCUUGGAUUCGCACGAGACCGGCCAUUCAUGACAAGUACCAUAAUCGGUGCAACCUCUGUCGAACAACUGAAGGAAGACAUUGAUGCUUUUCUGACAACCGAGCGACCUUUGCCAGCAGAAGUGAUGACAAGCAUUGAAGAAAUCUUUAAGAGAUACAAAGAUCCUGCAAUUCUUUGAAAACAAUUUCUUUACUUUAAAGUAUCACGCUAUUCUUUAACCCUUUUGUAUAUUUUGUAAGUUCUCUUGCAUUAAUUUCAAUUUCCUUUCCUUGGUCA